AUGACUGAGGCACCAGCCGAUGGUUCUUCUACCACGCAUGGGCGACAGCUACAAGACCAGCAUCCUGGCGCUCGUCUAGCAGUUCGGGUCUACCUAAAGGACGCACUGAAACCUGGUCAACCUAUCCUUCUAGUUGUAUCUGGGAGGCAUGUUGUCAAGCGAACAGCCUUUGGAACACAUUUGAAAACGACGCCUUUCCAAUAUCUGUGA